CUAUUUUUCGUAUACAACCUUCGAAAAUCCCCAAAUCGAGAAUUUUCUCCGUUCUUUAGGGUUUUCAUCUUAUUAUUUUUUGCUAAUAAUCCCUAUUUCAAUUCUCUGAAAGGAGCCCUAGAAGCCUCGGAUCAGGUCUCAACUUGUGGUUCUUAAGCCUCAUUUGAUCAACUAAGUUUCAUGUCUGAUCUCGACGUCCAGAUUCCAACCGCCUUCGAUCCCUUUGCUGAUGCAAAUGCUGACGACUCGGGUGCCGGAACAAAGGAGUAUGUGCACAUUCGCAUUCAGCAACGGAACGGCAGGAAAAGCUUGACAACCGUCCAGGGGUUGAAGAAAGAAUUCAGCUACAACAAGAUACUCAAAGACCUCAAGAAGGAGUUUUGCUGCAAUGGUACUGUGGUCCAAGACCCUGAAUUAGGACAGGUUAUUCAACUUCAAGGUGACCAGCGCAAGAAUGUCUCCACCUUCCUUGUUCAGGCCGGCAUUGUGAAGAAGGACAACAUCAAAAUUCACGGUUUCUAAGUCGCAAUCGCAUAUAGUUUUCUUUGAAUUUGCACGAGCCUUGUGUCGAAGCAGGGAACAUUACUCGAUUAUUGUGUAGUCUAUACUGCUGUGCCCUUUCUAUGUUGGUUUGAUAACUACAUAUUGCAUCGCUUACUUAUUGUGUGUUUCAGUUCAUUGGA